AUGGAAGACUACCAGGAACAUACAGAUGCUAACGGCUCGCCCAUGCUGCUCCCCCUCAACGGGAGGAACGGUAUGGCGCAAUCCAAUAUAGAAGAACCAGCUACCCCCUCGAGAGGCGGAUUCGGAUCGGAUCUGUUCAAGUUGUUUCAAGGCCCCAAGAAGGUUACUCGAGAUGGCGCGGCCCCCAAACGGCGAGGCCCCAAGCCCGACAGCAAGCCCGCCGUGACGCGGCGUCAAGAACUCAACCGUCAGGCACAGAGAUCUGACCGUGGCAGGACCCACCGCGAGCGGAAGGAACAGUACAUGCGUGCAUUGGAGACCGAGGUGUCGCGACUACGAGAAGCCUAUACAAACGAGAUUGCCGAUGUCACCGCCGCACUCCAGCAACACAAGACCUUGGCGCAGACGAUGCGCGAGGAAAAUGAGAUUUUGAAGGAGAUCCUCAGCGCCCACGGAAUCCAAUACGAAGCCGAGUUCGAGCGUCGCCGAGCGGAGCGCCCGCCCAUGGCUGGAUACCAGUCUAGUCCCGUUACUGCGAGCACCACCGGCUCGCAUACUGCCGGUAUCACGCAAAACGGUAGCCAUCAAAAUGCAACUCCGCCCACGACGAUCUCUACUGGUCUGAGCCCUCGUGCCAAUGGCGGCGUCGAGCGUAUUGAUGUUUCGCCGGGCAUGCCAUAUGCGCCGCAGCAGCAGGUGUAUCAGACCAGUCCCGGUGAACAGUCUGUGGGCCUGGAUCUCUCGGCAUCGGCGUGCCCGGAGCCUCCCGUUUCUGCUCUUCGCGGCGUCUUCGAGACUGACCCGCAGCUGCAGGUUGACUUUAUCCUGACGUAUGUUCUUUUAUCCCAAGCGUUGAAUUGGUGGCUGACCCUUUUAAAUGUACACAGACUGGAAGGUCCCUGCCGCGAACACACCGACUAUCUGUGCCGACGGUCUAUCACCGAAGCCGACGACGAAGACAUGCCGUUUUCAGGCCACGCCCUGAUGGCCACCUGCCCUCCACCGAGCUACAUUGCCAACACCACCGCGGAAACCCCGUACCCACACAAGACCUACGACCUCCCACUCGCAAAUCUCAGCACCCUUCUCAACCUCAGUCGCCAGCUCGUUACAGAUGGCCAGAUCACCCCGAUCAUGGCCCUGCAAUGCCUCAAGAACCACGAGCUGUACUCCACCCUGGGUCGCGAGGAUGUCAAGAUCAUCAUCGAGACCCUCAAUACCAAAGUCCGCUGCUACGGUUUCGGCGCUGUCGUCGAGGACUUCGAGCUCAUGGAUUGCCUGAGCAGUGUGUUAGGCACCAAGGUUGACGUGGGGAUGACGGGUGCUCACGACGACUCCAUGUAUGCCUGA